AAUUGUCUCGAGGGACUAAAGCUACAGGAAGAUUGAAGAUUUUAGUGCUUUUACAGUAUACUCUGCUGAUUAACCUGUCUAUAAAAAGGCACCCAUGUGCAACUAGUCGUGAAGUGGCGGAGUGACAUUUUUCUUUUCUUCUGUGUCUCUUUUCUCUGAUCUUGAGUUUUCAGCAAUGGUGGCAAUUCUAAGAUCUCUGCUUCUCAUUCUUCUACUCACCCAUGUUGCAGAUGAAGUGUCAGCGACGACAGUGACAUUCUUCAACAAAUGCUCUCAUCCAGUGUGGCCCGGCAUUCAGCCCAGCGCCGCCAAGCCAGUUCUUGCUCGGGGCGGCUUCGGGCUCCCACCUAAUAAGGCCUACUCCUUAAACCUCCCUCCACUCUGGUCCGGCCGUUUCUGGGGUCGCCACGGCUGCUCCUUUGACAAAUCUGGCCGCGGCCGCUGCGCUACUGGGGACUGCGGGGGCUCCCUCUUCUGCAACGGCCUGGGCGGCACCCCUCCCGCAACUCUCGCCGAAAUUACCCUCGGCCAAGACCAAGAUUUCUACGACGUCUCCCUAGUUGACGGCUACAACAUUGCCAUGUCCAUAACUCCCCUACACGGUACCGGCAAAUGCAGCUACGCCGGGUGCGUGAGUGACCUCAACAUGAUGUGCCCAGUGGGGUUACAGGUCCGGUCGAGGGACAACAAGAGAGUGGUGGCUUGCAAGAGUGCCUGCUCUGCUUUCAAUUCGCCUAGGUAUUGCUGUACGGGAAGCUUUGGGAGUCCGCAGUCGUGCAAGCCGACGGCGUAUUCCAAGAUAUUCAAGGCGGCGUGCCCCAAGGCAUACUCUUAUGCGUACGAUGAUCCCACCAGCAUCGCCACUUGCACCCGCGGCAGCUACGUUGUUACUUUCUGCCCUCACCAUCGUUAAUUAGAUCUAUAUUUUAAUUAAUUAAUUAAGCUUAGUGGUACAAUUAAUCUACACAGAAUAGAGACGGCAAAUUUAUAUAGUGUUGUGUAACUUGUCUGCUUGCUAUGUGCUCUAUUGAUAUGGUUAACUUUUUAUUUUGAUGCUUAAUUAUAUUUUUAA